AUGGCAACCGUAAUGCUGCCGCCUGGAACUGUCACGGUCCGCCAGGCAGACCGUGGGGAUGUGGGGAAAGGAGGACCCAAAACGCAGACUCUGCGAUGCAAACAGGCCAAGACAGAGCACGAGGAGGUGGGCUCUAGCACGGAAGCUCUGUGGGCCUGGGCUUGCACAGGAGUGGCUGCCUCGGAGUUCAGGGCUAAGAAGAGAGUCUAUGGCAUGAAGAGUUGUGAGCAGAUGUCAGAAGGAGCGUCCUGCGAAGAAGAAUGGGUUAAAUUCAUCUUUAAUCAAAAAACAAAUGGAAGAUUUCAAAUGGAAAAAGUUGUUAAUCUUCCUCAAAAAAACAAAAUAAACCCUGGCAAGUUGAUCGUCAAGCAGCUUAAUAAUGCCGACAACAACAGAAAACAAUCCAAUGAGACAGAAUUUGAAGUUGAUAAAAAUGGCUGCCCCAAACCAUUUUAUCAAACUGCAUACAGAAAUAAUAAUACCACCAUCACCUGUCAUUCUCCUGAUGGCAAAUACAAGCCCGCUUUUUUCUGCAAAGCAGAUAACUCCACUUGUCAGAAUGUUUUACCAAAAAGCCCUUCUCCACAGUCAAACUGGAGAAUCAUAUCAACAAACACCAGCAGCAGCAUUUCCAUCAGUCAUGUGUCCUCACAGGAUGCUGGAGUCUACUGGUGUGGAGUGAAAUCAAGUGACAAAGAGUUUUUACUUCGACAAAUACAUCUAGAGGUUAAAGAUGGCUUGGAGGUUAUCAUCGGUGUUACUGUGUCUGUAGCUGUGCUCCUGCUGUUUCUGACAGCUUUGAUCCUCAUCUACAAACGAAAUGGUGCAGCAGGACGGCAUGUCAAAGAGGACUGUAUCUGUGAGGAGAGACAGGAGAACCUGCAGAAGCCAGAAAAUGCAGUGAACUCGAUUUCCAUCAGUGCCAAUAAUCCCAUAAACCACACUGCCUCGCCACAUUACGCUGCCAUCAACUUUCAAGUGAGGUCUGAAAAAGCUGGCGGUGGGAUACUCAAACCCAGCUCUGCUGCCUGUGAGUAUUCUGCUGUGAAGUUCAGCAAAUGUCCAGACAACCUGACUGUGACCCAACCACACAGACUGGUGAAGUAGAUUCUCCACUUAUCAGCAAGAUAAAGCCAAAACCAUAAAAGAUCAGCUCUGUGAGGAAUAUGUCUGUUGUAAAAUGUUAAAA